UUUUGCUUGUUUGAAGAAAAAUUUUCUACUGAAAAAUUAAUUUUUUAAUAAAAUUAUAAAUAUAUUUUAAAAUUAAAUAGUUGAGACAUAAAAUUAAAAGUUUAUACAAGUAAACAAACAUGAAUAAUCUUAUAACAGCCGGGGAAUUUGAUUCUAAAUAUGACAUUAUUGAUUCAGCAACACCAAGACACACUGCUCUAUCGGGACGCUAUAAAAGGAGUUUUGCCUAUUACACUUUACGCGAACGUUUGCCUGUUAUUUUAACUGAAAUUAUUGAUCAGCUAAAUAGAGAUAAAGAUGAAAUUGCCACACUGGGCAAUGACGAGGAAACUCGAGAAGAAAUUAAAGCAGUUGUGGGUAAAAUAUCCAAACUAAAAUAUCAACUGCAAACUGAUAAAAAAUUUGAAAAAUUCAAUGGAGAAGAACCCGAUAAAGACUUAUGGAAUAACUUUAUCGAAAAUCUACCAUCCGAUGCCUGUUCAUUCUUUCGUUCCUGUUGGCUGUAUGCCGAAUGUUAUAUGUAUCGUAAAGUGUCUUCCUUCUUCGAAAGCACAAAAUAUCUUAAAAACUACGAUUAUUUUGCGAAACAAAAACAAAAUGGUCUUAAAACGGAAGGCAUUUUAGGUGCAGCCAAAGUUGUCAGACGCAUCGAAAAGAAUCAAAAGACAUUUAGUAAUUUAGUUAAACUAAACCUAUGGGGCAAUAAAUGUGAUUUAUCACUUAUCAUGCGCAAAGCUUUCACACCUUCCGAUGAUGUAUUCGAACAGUUGGAAAGCUUUAAUAGCAAUAUAUUAGUAGAUAAUAUCAAACAAAUAUGGGAUUGUUUAGAAAAUGCCGAUCACUCAAAACCGGUUAUAGUGGAAUUUGUAAAUGAUAAUGCAGGCUUUGAGUUCUAUACCGAUUUAGUGUUGGCGGAUUAUAUGAUAGAAAAAGAAUUAGCCACAAAGGUACGUUUCAGUGUAAAACCUAUACCCUGGUAUGUAUCGGAUGUUGUGCCCACAGAUGUACCCUGGACUUUGGACUAUAUGAGUAAACAUGAAUCACCAUUUGUUAAGGAAUUAGCGGCAAAAUGGCAACAAUAUUUUGAUGAGGGUAAAUUCGUAUUGAGUCCAGUAAACUAUUUCUGGGUAUCGCCCUAUGAAUAUUACAAAAUGCGUGAAAUAGCUCCCGAUUUGUAUCAAUACCUUAGUGAGGCUCAUCUGGUUAUUUUCAAAGGUGAUUUAAAUUAUCGCAAACUAUUGGGCGACUUAUGCUGGGAUCCCACAGAAGAUUUUCUCACCUGUCUUAGAGGUUUCCAACCAACCAAUAUCUGCUCAUUGCGCACUGUUAAAGCUGAUCUAAUAUGCAGUUUGCCUCAGGGUAAGGCAGAGGAAUUAAAUCGUUUGGAUACACAAUGGAUGUGUACAGGAGAAUAUGGCGUCAUAGAGUUUAUGGAGAAAACGGCUUGUGGUUGCCAAGAGGCUAAAGAUAAUUGAGAGAUGGAAAUCAAAACAGUACUUUUUUCUAAAUUAAUUAAAUAUUUACUAUCAGACAAGAUU